CGACAACGGGUCUGCAAAAUAGUCGAUGACAUGUAAACUCCAUGCAGGUGGAUUUUCCAUGUGAUAGACUACCAACGCAGAGUUAGCUACAAGACAAGUUUUUUCUUUGUGUGGAUUUGGUUCACGCUGUCGCGGAGACUUGACGCAACUUGUACCUUUUUUUUCACUAUCUUUUUAUCUGUCCAUAUUGUGUUGAACUGCCAGCGAGACAUAAGAGUAGGGAAAUCAUUCUUCAUUUGCCUCGUCACAAUGGAUCCAAUCGCAAGUCCAACAAGCCAGACAAACACCCUACCAACGCCCAGCGCCAAAAAACCCUCUGAAGAAAUCCAUACUCCACUCCACCACGCCGACCCAAAAAUGAAAUCCUACCCAACACACCAAGCCAGCGAAAAACCCACCCAAAGCUACGAUGCAGAAACUCCCUCUCAUCCAACAGACCCCGAACCCGGCCUCGCCCUCACCUCUCCCACCCCAACCUCCGAAUCCCCCUUCCCCGAAGGCGGUCCCCGCGCCUGGCUCGUCGUCCUCUCCGCCUUCCUCAUGCUCUUCCCCUCCUUCGGCCUGCAAGUCUCCAUUGGCACGCUGCAAGACCACUGGUCGCAACACCAACUCUCUUCCAUGUCCUCACGAGACAUCGGCUGGAUACCCUCCCUCUUCGUCUAUCUCUCCCUCGCCCUUGGUAUCUGGGUGGGUCCGCUAUUCGACCGGUACGGCCCCCGUUGGAUCGCGCUGGGCGGAAGCGCCGCGUUCCUCGCCAUGGUUUUCUUGCUAGCAGAGUGCAAGACGUUUUGGCAGAUGCUGCUUUGCUGUGGGGUUCUAGGUGGAUUCUCGUGUGCGGCGCUGACGACGACGAGUUUGGCGGUUGUGGCGCAUUGGUUUAAGGAACGGAGGGGGUUGGCGCAGGGAGUGGCGAUGAUGGGGAGUUCGGGGGGUGGGUUGGCGAUUCCGCUGGUUCUGCGGACGACGCUGCCAAAGUAUGGGUAUGCGUGGUCUCUUAGGAUACUGGGGUUUGUGUUUUUGGGGUGUUUUGCAGUGGCGAAUGCGUUGAUGAAGGCGAGGAUUCCGCCGUCGGCGGCGGCGAAGAAGAAGGCGAUUAUUUCGCCCUCGAUCUAUGGGGAUUUGAGACUUAGCUUGUUUACGCUGAGUGUGUUUGGGUUUGAGGUGGUGUUGUUUGGGGGACUGGGGAUUUUGCCGACGUAUGCGACGCGGAGUACUAACUUCCCGCCUGAUACUGGAUUUUAUCUCAUUGCGGUACUCAAUGGGGUUUCUUGUCUCGGACGCUUGCUCCCGGGGUACGUUGCGGAUAAGAUUGGGAGGUUUAAUACGCUCUUCAUCAUGAUAGUCUUCACGCUGUUGUGGAUGCUGGUUCUUUGGUUGCCUCUUGGAACUACUUCACUGCCGGCACUGUACGCUUAUACGGCCCUCUUUGGAUUCGGAACAGGUUCCUGGAUGGCUCUGACGCCUGCUUGUGUCGGGCAGUUGUGCAGAGCAGAAGAGUUUGGCCGCUACUAUGGGAGUAUGUACUUCAUAGCUUCUUUGGCAACCCUGGUCUGUAUUCCGAUUGGUGGUGAGCUCGUGGAGACCGUUGGACCUCAGCCCAUGGUGGCCUUUUUUUGUGCAGUUCUUGGGUUGAGUUUGAUUAGCUUUUUGUUCAGCAGGUGGGCCUGCGUGGGAAGGCGGUGGAUAUUGAAAGUGAAGGUAUAGAAUAGGAACUUGUGUUCUACAGAGUAACAUAGAUCAGGCUGAAGAGGGCUUUUUGCUUUAGGGCAUCUGUACCGUCAUGGA